UUUCAAAAAGUGUAAAACUUUUGAGAGUGUACCAUUGUAAAUCAUGGCCGAGUUAACUUAUGAUUUUAACAUGAAUAGAUUCAAAAAUCGCCUGGAGACCUUCAAAGACUGGCCCUUUACGGAAGAAACGGGAUCUUGUUGUACUGCGAUGAAGAUGGCUGAAGCAGGCUUCUUCCACAGCGCGAAUGAUUCUGUUGAUGUUGCACGUUGCUUUGUUUGUCUCAAAGAACUCGAAGGAUGGGAGCCUGAGGACAAUCCAUUUGAGGAACACAGAAAGCAUUCUCCGAAAUGUGAAUUUUUGUUGUUGAACAAAAAAGAGGAAGACUGGACAGUGCAAGAAUUUUUAGAAUUGGAAACAAAAAGGCAAAUGAACGUAAUGCAAAAGAUCAUUGAACUCAAGACAAAAGAAUUCUUGGAGCUGGCUGAACAUGUCCAAAGUGAAAUGGAAAAGCUUGUUUAAUCUUAUGAUGUUUACCUGACUGUUUAGUAUCACUGUGGAUUGAUAGAGUAUCUUAGAGGCCUCCUUUGCAGAUGAUCUCUUGGGUCACCUUGUAACCUUGAUUCAGUGAAUUAUGAAUGACUCACUGAAUCAUUGUUUGCAAAAUAUUUGCUGGAUUCAAGAGAUACUUUAUAGCCUUUUGGAUGGGUGGUGUGACAAGUUAAGAGAAUCUCUGUGUCAGGAGCUAAUAUUGUAUUCGAUAAGCAAGAAAUUGUUGCCUUGCUUUCUAUUCUCCAAACAUUUUUCAUAAUUUUAAACUACAAUUACACAUGUAUGGUCAGUUUGUAGCUUAAUGUGAUAAAGUUUGAACUUGUCAUCAUCACAAUAUGAAUUAUUUUCUUACUCCCUCAGAUUUUUUAGUCUUUUUUUUCAAACAACUGACUUUCAGAGUUUAGUUCAGUAGAGUGACAAGUCUUUGUGCUUUGCUUAUUUAGGUUUAGCUUAAACAAUUUCUUUAGGCUGUUGAAUGGCCUGGAAAAAUUCACUUUUCCACUCUUCAGCUUGCUUUUCUUCUGAGUUGUACAUAUUAUAGUUAUCCAUAUAAUGU